GAGAGGGUUGAACGGCGAGAGAGCUAGAGAGACGGAGAAAGACAGGCGAGAAGAGACAUCGACUCCGCACCAGAGCUUCUGACGGAUAUAUUUAGAUUAAAACAAAGGAACAAGAGUCGAGAUACAGCCCUAAGUAGCAGCAGUGGCAGCACUGAGAGAGAGACAGGGAGUCCCAGGUGGGGUUCUGAGUCCCCAGAGCAGAGUGAUGGAGCCGUCCCAGCCACAUAGCCUCAGAGUUGGGCUAUGGUCGUCAGGAGCUCAUGUGAUGGUGACACGCAAGAUGUAAAACAUGUAUUCACCACAAAGCGGCCUGUCACAUUAGAGGACCUGUUAAGGCGAAGAUGACACAACUUAUGUAAUUGUAUCUGUAUGAAAAAGUAAACAAGGACAAAACACGCCACCAACCAAGGAGACCCAAUAUUUCCACUGAAAAAUGCAGAAGUGACAUCCGUUGCGGGAGGAAGCUACAACAGUUAAAGAGACAGCAUUCAAGAGACAUUGGAAUCUGCCUGUCAUCCUCUUUGGAAUAUAGGAAGGGUCAUGACCCAGUUGCCAUGCGCAUCACCACGGUGACCAGCCUUCCUAGUCCCUCCCCCCUCCUCCUCUUAUUGGUUCAGCUGCUGUUGCGGCUCAUCCUCCCAGGCCAAGACGCAGUUGGAGCCGCCUCCACCUGUCCCACGCUGUGCAGUUGUUCUAAUCAAGCUAGUCGAGUGAUCUGUACAAGACGAAACUUAGAAGAGGUGCCAGACAGUAUAUCAAACAACACACGAUACCUCAACUUACAGGAGAACUCGAUACAGGUGAUAAAAUCAGACACAUUCAAACAUUUACGGCACCUGGAGAUCCUCCAGCUCUCCAAGAACCAGAUUCGUCAAAUAGAGGUGGGUGCUUUCAAUGGCCUCCCAAACCUCAACACUCUGGAACUGUUCGACAACCGCCUCACGCUGGUGCCAUCGCAAGCCUUUGAGUAUCUCAGCAAGCUGCGGGAACUGUGGUUACGAAACAAUCCAAUCGAGACCUUACCAGGCUAUGCCUUUCACCGCGUCCCCUCGCUGCGACGUCUUGAUCUUGGCGAACUCAAAAAGCUGGAUUAUAUAUCUGACGCAGCCUUUGUUGGACUUAUCAACCUGCGCUACCUGAACUUGGGUAUGUGUGGCCUGAAGGACAUUCCUAACUUGACUCCCCUUGUGCGACUGGAGGAGCUAGAGUUGUCUGGGAACCGUCUAGAAAUCAUCAGACCUGGUUCCUUCCAAGGCCUGGAAUCUCUGCGCAAACUAUGGCUCAUGCACUCUCAGAUGUCAGUCAUCGAGCGCAAUGCUUUCGAUGAUCUCAAGAACCUAGAGGAGCUCAACCUAUCCCACAAUUCCCUUCACUCUUUGCCCCAUGAUCUUUUCACACCCUUGCAGAAGCUAGAGCGAGUUCACCUCAAUCACAACCCUUGGGUGUGCAACUGUGACGUGCUGUGGCUAAGCUGGUGGCUGAAAGAAACCGUGCCGAGCAACACAACCUGCUGUGCACGGUGCCACGCACCACCCUACUUGAAGGGAAAGUACAUUGGAGAGCUGGACCAGAGUCAUUUCACCUGCUAUGCCCCUGUCAUUGUAGAGCCGCCCACUGACCUCAAUGUGACCGAGGGCAUGGCUGCUGAGCUCAAGUGUCGCACCGGUACUUCCAUGACUUCUGUGAACUGGAUCACACCGAAUGGCACCCUAAUGACCCAUGGCUCCUAUCGGGUCAGGAUUUCUGUGCUGCACGAUGGCACACUUAAUUUCACCAAUGUAACUCUGCGUGACACUGGCCAAUACACUUGCAUGGUGACCAACUCAGCUGGGAACACUACGGCAACUGCUGUCCUGAAUGUGACCGCAGCAGACGUUAGCGUCAACUACACCUACUUUACCACGGUCACUGUAGAAACUGUGGAGACUACGGGAGAGGAAGAUUCUGCAUUGCGUGCCAUCAACGAGACCUUCAUCCACAUUCCCACAACACCACCUGGGCACCUCUGGCGUGAAGUGCCCACUACUCCCUCUUCUCUCUCAAUCCUUGGCUCAUCAUCUUCUCCCCGAGCAACCAAACCCACUUUCACAGUACCCAUUUCUGAGCCCAACUACCCCUCUGGACUAGACGAUGUGAUGAAGACCACCAAGAUCAUCAUUGGUUGCUUUGUGGCCAUUACCUUCAUGGCCGCUGUCAUGCUGGUGGUGUUCUACAAGCUGAGGAAGCAGCACCAGUUGCACAAACACCACGGGCCGGCACGAGCCAUCGAGAUCAUUAACGUCGAAGAUGAGAUCGGAGCAGGAACGGGCAUCCGCGGCAGCGGCAUUUCAGGAGGAUCCACAGUACCGCAAGGAGGGUCCGGCGGACAGAGCUUGCGACUGCACCACCCUGAAAUCGUCAGCCUCCCAAACCUUGCACGAGCAGAGCAUCUCAACCAUUACUACAAGGCCCAUCACUUCAACAAUAACAUGAUGGGUCUGGGCCUUGGUGGAGGCUCGGGCGGAGGCCUAAACAAUAACAACAACCCUUCGCCUUGCUCCCAGGCCCAGAAUACCCCCAUCUCUUGCACGCAGGUGCCAGUCUCUGCAGGUAUUACAUCGUGCUCCAUGCCUACUCCAAUGGCUCUGCCGACCCUUGGCAUCCACGGGUCAAUAAAAACCCUGAUGAGUAAAGGGCAGAACCCACAGAUCGAGCCGUUACUCUUCAAGAGUGGCUCCAAGGAGAAUGUCCAAGAAACCCAGAUCUGAAGUUGAGAAAGAGAGGAAGGGAGAAAGGGAGAAAGGUAAAUGUACAGAUAAAAAAUGGAGAAAGAGUGUCAGGGAGACAGAAACAGAUGAAGCGUAUUGGCUGUUCAACCCCUAUGGGUAUGUUCUCAGGAGUAAUGAGAAAGGCAGACCUAGCAUUGUAUGAAAUAUAUCCUACACAAGAUUACAAGAUACAGCUGUGAAAUCACUAUAAAGUAAAUGCGCUGGCAAAGAGUGGGGGAAUUUCUAGAAGGAAGACAGGCAAACGCACCGCAGUUUAAAAUCACAGCCUUUGCCAUACUCUGAUCCGCACAUAUCAAGGGGAUCAUCAAACAUCAGCAAACAAAACAAUAUAAAUUGAUACAUUUUUGUGUAAUGCAAGAUUGAUAAUUAUGUGCCAAACUUGCACCAAUCUGUGCCAAAGCAAAAUCUUUGCACAUCAGCAUCACUACACAUGUGUACAGACACAUUUCAGAAGGUGAAAAGAUCUGUGUGAAUACUGUACACCAUCGUACACAGAUCUCCAUCAAUAAAGCAAAGAUGCUACAAAAAUCAAAACUAUACACACCAUUAGGUAGGAAGUGUAUAUAGAAAUACAUGAACAACCUUAAGUAUUUAUGGACACUGGCUGAGAACGAAAGAUCAUGUGUGUAAAUGUUUUAGAGAACCGUAAAGCUCAGAUAACAAAAUGGAUCAUUAAAAUUUUGUUGAGGUUCGCGGUCCUGUGAAGGAUGGAUAAGUAGACCAGCACUGUGUAGAGGGCCUGUGUUUCUUGAUGAUGAUGGACUCAGUUUCUCCCCUUUCUCAAAGGCUGUCACAGUUAAGGGGAAGAGAGGAAAAUCGAACAAGAACCUAAAGCGCAAAAAGACAAUGAAAGAUAUACAAAUUUUAAAAGAAUAUAUAAACUAUGAAAGUAUACAUGAUAUAUAAAUAUAUUUUCAUUCAGAGAAAUAAAUUAUGAAGAAUCUUUACAUUUUUCUGACUGAAGCCACGGCUUUUGAAAAAUUAGCAGCUGCUGUUGUAGCGCUUUGUCACUGAUAAUUCCUUUCUCUGCAUUAAAACAAAAAUGCGUCUAAAACUGUUACACCCUCAUGGGACUUAAGGGCAUCCUGACCUGAGGGGACAGAGGGACAGGGAUGGAUAUUCUGGAAAUUGUGUUUGAUUUCAGAUACUUUGGCUUUGUUUUUUAAGUCUUAAAAGGUUUCUCUUUCCUGUUCUUUAAUUGACAGGGUUAUUGAGAAGAUGUAAUUUUAAUUCACAUUAUAACUACUGUUUGAUUCCGCAGGCCUUUGAGAUCCAAAUUGGUUGGAUAUCAGUUAUCACCAAUAUCAGCAGAAUUAUAAAAGACAAUAAUGAUGGUACUAUGUAAUGCAAUGAAACAAGAUACUGUAAAAGUUUAUCUACAUGCUGCUAUACUGAGAAAAGCCGUUUUUAGUGGGACAUUUUAGUGAAAUUCGAUUUGAAAGCUGAAUAAAAAGAGGCUCCUGUUGACAUUACAUUACUACUACUAUCAUCAUUAUUGAAAAACAUCAAGUGUCAAAAGCAUAGAGGCUUUAUUUGCUUUCAUUGUUUUUACCUAGAGGUGGUAUUUGUGUAAAAAGUGGUUGUCGCUACAUCUGAUAAUCCCCUCAGUAAAGAUGGAAUAGCGGUGGACGUACUGACAAUGACAACGAUUUGCUUGAAGCACCACAAAGCCACAACAACAACUCCAAACAAGGAAAUGGAUGGCCCUUAAAAUGGCUCCCUCAAUGGCCUGUCCCUUCUGUUUUGUACAAGACAAAAACUUUACCAGGACCCUGCUUUUUUUGCCAAUGUGAUUCAAGGCGAUUCAGAACAGAACACAAACACUGGUGAAUACUGCAGGGGUAAAUGGAUUAUUGCAAACACUGUGUCCAGACAUGUGGACGGAACUACUGUUUGAGCAGAAAGCGAACGGAGGAUAGCUUUUGAAAGGUAAGAGAAAACCCACUCAGUGAACAAGACUGGAGUUUGGAAAGCUUUUUUUAAUGAAAAUGGACAAAUAAAUGACAACUAUAGAAAAUUAUAGAGCUCUUUUAAAACAAAACUAUUAUGAUAAUAAGUGUCUUUCAUUAUUUGUUUUUAUCUAGUUUCUUUUUGUUUUUUUCUUUUUCAAAAUCAAGUGUUAUCUUAAUUGUAAUAUUGUUAUUGUUAUUAUAAUUAGCUAAUAUUACACUCGUUAUAAUUAUGAAAACUGUUCUGUUAGCAGAAGUCACUUCGAAAUUUAAAAAAAAAUAUAUAUAUACAUAUAUAUAUGGCACACAAAAUGGCAACUGAAAUCGUGAAACUUGGUGGCAUUGAUUUGUUCUAUGUUUUUGUCUUUUCUUUUUCUCAUGUAUUUGAGGUAUCACUGUAUGUAACCCUUGGAGCUUAUACGGUUUGGAGACAGAAUCUCCCCAGAUGCAGACAGAAUGUGAUUUGGCUGGUGGUAGCGUUCUUCUCUGCAGAGAAAGAGAUAUGAGAGAGAGAGAGACAGAGAGGAAAGAGAGAGACCGAGUUUCUGAUACACGCUUGUUCUCAGAAUGUCACCCAUUAUCAGUGCCGAGAAGUGCGACUGUGCCAUGUCAACACUCUGUUGCCACAGCAACACGCCUUCGCACUAAUGUGCCAAACACUGUCAGAGCCAGGGUUCCAUCUUUGUGGGUCCCCGUGCCUGUGUUUGUCAAACCUUGUUAGCCUACAACACGUACAAAUAUCCACACGCGAGCACACCGCCGUGUCAAUUGUCAUCCGACCCAUACUCUGGCACAGUGUCCCAACUGGUUCCUAUGGUGAGGUUUCCCUGGCAACUGUUGCUGCUGCGACAGUCCCCAUCACAGCGUUCAGGUCUCGGAUACAAAUGCGAGGACAGAGGCAGUAUAGGACGGCGUUUACGAGGACGUAACCGAAAUUAGCAUAUUCGCAGCACACUGCAUAUCAAUAAACCUCCUUACCACUGACAUUCAUGAACCUUGAGUAGCAGUCAUCGAGAUGCCCAUAUCUAACACGCCAUUGAUCUUCCAUAGGCACACCAUCUCCUACUCUUGAAAUUAUCAUAUUCUCCUUCUCAUACCGGCGAUUUGCAUAUGUUCAUUUGCUUCUCGGGCGAAUUACGUACACAUCUGUUUGCAUGUGUGUGUAUCAGACACAGUAAUCGUAUUACAUUUGUGCUUAGGGCAUAUGCUUUCUUUCCAAAGCAACUUACAAGAAAGUAUUGCCAAGCAGAUUGGUAGUGGGACAGGGCAGAGACUGUUAUAACAUAUCACAUAUCUCAUGCUAUUCACCUAGCCUGCAAGCUCAGAUAUCUCUCGCUUCCUGAAGUCUUUAUGAAGCAUGCGAAUGCUGUGACAAAGGUAGGAAGACAGGAGCCCUCUCUCUCCCUCGUAGCACUGCGGUAUCUGAGUCACAGGACCCAAAACACACACACUCGUACACAUCAAGCCGACGAAUCUCAGCUCUCUCAUAAACACGCUUGGCAGAGAAAUACCCUGCUCACCAGCUGGUUAGGACUUAUGCAAAGUGCACCAGAGAAUGUGGUGUUGCUGGUUUUGGCUUAACCAUGUGUCUGUGUGCGAGUGUAUGAAAACUUUGGAAAUGGCCAUUUCAGCUUUUGUAAGCUUAUUUGAAGACAUCCAAGUAUUUCAACCAAUGUUUUUCAUUGAUAUCAUUUUUGUUGCCCUCUUGUGUGUGUAUGUGUGGGAAAGAGCGAGUUUGUAUUGUUUUACAAUAAGAGACUGUUUUCUGUUGUCAUUGCAGUGUGUUUGAGCUUGUGUAUGUAUGAUUGCAUUAUCUGUGUUUUUUUUUUUUUUUGCGUUUAGAGACUGUCGUGAGAGACGGCGAGAGUCAGACCGUUUUCAAAUCCCCGGUUUAAAUCACUUUAGCAUACUAUGCUUCAGGCGUGUGUAUGAUCUUCUGAAUGAUGCUCUUAGCCAGAAUGGAGAAAAACAUCAGUUGGGGAUUUUCCGUUUUUUUUUUUUUUUCUUUCCUUCCUAAAUACCCCAGUCGAGAAGUCAGGGGCCAGCCGUGCCAAUUUCCUACCAGUUGAAACGGUGGGAGGUACUUCCCUAGUUGCGGUCGUGAUACAUAAUUCAGAAAUUCAGACAUGCGACAAUAGUCCCCGUUGUAUUGUGUUAAAGCUGCAGUCAUGCUCAGGCUUUGACAGACAAAUCUAGGACAGCUCUUGCUUUUGGGUGUGAGGGGUAAAUAUCUUGUUCCAGCCUUUACUUAAAAGGUUUGUAUUUGGUCGUUUGCACUUUGGUCCUGGAUUCAUCAGCAGAAGAUCUAUAGCAUUGGUCCCUGAGAUGUCACAGUCUGAGCCACAAAACCAACUAGAACACACAAACAACGAGCUUCUACUUACUUGAGAGUGCAUCGCUAGAAUUUCAAGUACAUCUAAGUUAAAAGUCAUACUUCAGCCCUACUACUGGUGGAAGCUGUAGUGAUGGUCCGUUUCUAAAGCAGCUGCGAGGGAUGGUCUCAUUCUUCACACUGGUUCAUUGUAAUUGUCAGGGCUAGACAGAACAGACAAAUCUUUUAUGGCAGGGUGUGGAUGUAGCUUGUGUGCCUAAAAAACACAAUUUUUACCACAGUUCCACAGCCUGUCACGGCGCUCUGACACCGAUGCUCCCGAUUGUAAAGCCGGGUUUAAAAAACAGCAUUGUGCAAUGAAAAAAACUCAGUCACAAUUUUGCUUGUCACAUAAAUGGAGUAUUUGGAUACUUUUUAUAGUUUAAGACUUAGAAAAUACAGUCAAACCAAAAUGUAUUCAGACACCUUGAACAUUUCAUUCAUUAAUACAGUUUAUUCACUAUAGUUAAAAAAAAAAUGGUAAUAAAAUAUGACAUGAUCUCAAAGAUAAACUGUGUCAGAAAAAAAUUAUCUUAAUUAUGUCAGAUAACACUUAAGCAAAACAUGGUCAGGUCAAAGUGUCUGAAUAAUUUUUGGUCCCAAAUUUUUAUCAAUUUUACUGGUAGUCCACUGUAUGAAGAAUUUUUGGGUAUAAUAUGUCACAGUUUACUUUAUUUUGCUCUCCUCACUUACAUAAAUGAACUAUAGUGUCCUGCACCCACUAGUAAAAAUAUAUCAAAAAUGUCUGAAUAAUUUUUGGUUUGACUGUAUAUCAGUAUGUAGUAAAAUGUCGACUAAAGUUUAUUUUCCUUACUCAACUGGCAAAUUAUUUUUUCUUGUUUUAAGCACUUUUAAAACAAAAGUUUGGGCUCAAUAGAAUUUAUUUAAAGAAAUUAACACUUUUAUUUUAGCAAGGAUGCUUCAAAUUGACAGUAAAGACAUUUAUAUUCUAACAAAAUAUUUGUAUUUCACUGUUAACUACUUACUAAACUCAGCACAUGAUUUAUUCUAAACUUAGUAUCAAGUACACAUGUACUAAAACAACUAGUAUUAAGGCCAGUUAAGUGAUGUCGUGUGGCUUUUCAAGAAGUCAGAGAGUGGAGGUACAGUAUCAUCACGGCCUGCAUCUGGAUGAACUGUACUGAUACCCAGCAAACGUUCUGACCAUGAUUCCAGUUUGGUAAUUUCUUUGGGAACCGUUCCACAGAUGUUCUUCAUGGGUUUUGAAAUUUUAUUUGUUAUUUAGCUGCGCAUAAGUUUCAGUAGGGAGAGUUUGAAGGGAAAGUGAACAACACAAAACAGAUAAAGACUUUUUAAGAUCAGUUAUUUAGUGUUUUCUACAUUUUAUGAGGAGGAUCAAUUAAUUCUGUGCCAUCUAGUAAUGUUUAUGACAAAGCUGCAGUCAAAAGUUCAAACUCUGAUAAUAUUAUUUAAAUUUGUUUCAAAGUCAGAGUACUUCUUAUUCCUUCUUAAAGUGCCUCUAUUAGGGUAAAAGUUGAAAAGUUCCUAAUUUUGUUUAGGAGGUCUCCUACAACAGGUUUACAUGCAUCCAAGGUCAAAAAAAAAAACACUUUCAUUUUCUCAUAAUAUACAUUGCAUAUCACCACAUUGUUCAAUGAUUGUCAAACGACUCGAUGGAUGCUUCAGUCUCUCUAAAUCCCUCCUUUCCGACAGCCUGCUCUGCUCUGAUUGGCCAGACGGCACAUUCUGUUGUGAUUGGACUACCGCGUACAGCGCAAGUCGGAAACAAACGGCCAUUACCAUAACUGAUUCAGGUCCGUAUGCUUCCUAAAGCUGAGCGAUUGUACACGCUGUAAAGACAUUAACGAUAGCGUCAAUUUUACCAUAUCAAUCUAAGCGCGAGUCCGAUGAUGAAAUAUUAGAAGAAAUAGUUAUUCAACCCAAACCUCCCUCGCAAGGACGACUUGAAUAUGAGUUUCUCAGUGUUACACUACUCAGUUUGAGGUACAUUAUGAGAUGUAAUUCCUCACUAUCAGCAUUAACAAGUGUAUGUCCAUCAACAAACCGAUGUGUAUAUUUCUAAUUUAUUGCGGUGCACAUGUGGUAACUUUAUCAUAACUAUCAGUAAUGGUGUACGUUAGCCAGGCACUAACGUGAAUGACUGAUGUAAAAUUAAAGUUUGUAAAACAAAUCUUGCUCCAUCCUUUAUCAUUACUCAAAGUAGUAAGAACGACAGACAGUCUGUAUUAAUGGACAGUUUUAAGUAAUAGAGGGCCACAGCUGAUUAGCAGAAGUAUUUCAGUAAGACAGUAAUAACCUGAGUUAGCCGGAGACCUACACAAAAUAGCUAAAACACAAAACUAUGUAUUUUGAACACUCGGUAUAAAAUACAUCAAUAAUUAAUCACACUUACAGUUUGUGAUUCUGAGAAACAAGUUGGUCCAAAUAAAGCAAGUACUGUCCCAUCUUUCACAGCCUCACACUUUGGAAGUGAGAAUAAAACGAAUUUCCUUUCACAGCGCAGCGCACAGCGUCUUGUCGACAUGUUCACGAACGAGCGUGGGAUUCGAACUAAAAACGACUCGUUUAAGCGGUUCAGAGUCGACUCUUUCUUUUGAGAGAGUAACUUUAUUUAUGAUGCAUUUUCAGCUUUACAACUUUGCGGUCUGUUUACAUUCACAUACACACUGCAUGAAAGGUAAUUUUCAAAAAUCCAUAAUAGGGGCACUUUAAAGAGGCUAUUUGAUAUGGUUUAGCCAUAAAUGUUAAUUAAUUCAUUAACUAUCAAACAUGUACUAACAUGUAGUUAAGACUGCCGUUAUUCAUGCAUGAAUCCAUAUGACUCCAGUCAUAGUUAAGUAUAGCUCUUCAAUGGUUCAUGAUUAGUUCAUGCUUUCAAUAAUCAUUAGUUCAUGCUGAAUUAAGUAAUAAUUCAGGUAUUAGUACAUGAUUAUUCAUGUACCCUUAUUGUAAAGCAUUACCAUUAUUGUAAUUGGCUACAAUUACUAUUAUUUGAUGGUCAGUGCUCACAAAACUAUAGUCUGCUUCGAUGUCAAGAGUGAAAGAGAAAGAGAGAGGACCAGUGUGUUGUUCAACACUAAAAACUUAUUUAGCCCCUGAGAUUGAGUGUGUGUGACAGAUCUGGAAUUGAGCAUUAAAGCAGCUUGAGUGUGUGUGCCGGCAAAAAUCACACAUAAUGAUUUAUCGUGUUAGGGAGUGUGUGUAUGGUUUGUUUGAACAUGUGCCUCGUUUGCCAUUGUAGUUGUGUGGGUUCCUUGAUACCCAUCAGGGCAUUUAUGUGUGCGUGUGUGUUUGAGGGGUUUUAUAAAGAGAAUGAGAUGAGUUGUUCAUGGCGUCUCUUUGCGUCAUUGCACUGGUCUGUACAAGAGCCUGCAGCAGCUUGUCAAACACUGAUUGCCCCUGAGCACACACACACUAAUGCAAGAUUGUAUUCUAGACCCUCACCUUAGUCAAUAAAGAGUGCUUUUACCCGCCUCCUCCCUCGAACGCACACAUGCGCCUACGGACAGAGGCAUUGAUAAUUGCAUGUGACACCUCAGACUCGGAAACCGCAUCAGUGUCUUCUGUGUGAUUUUGUACAGUUUGUGCCUUGUCAUCUAAUGUAAUCCUCCAUGGUACAAGCUUCUCAAAUGUCACUGCCAUUUUUGAUUGGAUGCCACUUGACUGGCUGGUAAAUGCACAUGGGCCAGACAUGUUGUAUACUGUGCUUCUGCAUGUCUGCAAUAAUGUCCAUCCACACCAUGUGCCGGAGCCCCAUGAUAAGUCUUGGGUCUGGUUUAAGAGGCUGCAUGUUGUGGUUUGACUUACCUGCUUUGAACUUUGAAGGAUGUCACUAGGUUUUGUGAUGGUGGUCAUGUGGCUUAUUAUCAUCCUGUUUUGUGCAUGUGUUUCCUGGAAACAUUAGAAAGACCAUGUUUUGGGGUUUUGACUCCUUUAAAACAAAUAGCUAGCUUAUGCAAAGGCUAUGAAGAUAAAGUUACAGCUGAGUGUGUUUGCUAAUGGGAAUGAAUUACAUUGCUAAAUUCAGUUCACAUAGAUUAUUUCAUAGGACAAAUCCCUUGCAAUAUUGUUUUCAUGCUUCUUCAAUCCUGCGUGUAUUCCCACAAUGCUCUAUUUUUUAGAGACGCGGUGAUGUGUUCGGCUCCUCUGGUUUAGAAAGUCUUGCAACCUUGUUGAGUCACUGCAAAAAAAUAUCACUUUCUUUAUCAGUAUUUUUGCUGUUUUCACUUUAGAAGCAAGGUUGCUUAAAGCAUGGGGUUUUCAUGGCCAGUCUUUAGAAAACAUAAUAAAAUAGCAAUAUGAUAAUAAUAACACUGAUAAUUACGUUAAAGCUGCAGUCCGUAACGUUUUUUUGGUUAAAAAUGAUCCAAAAUCAAUUUUUGAGCAAGUACAUAACCAGCCAGUGUUCAAAACUAUCUCCUUACCUUAGAACUUCCUUACCAUUGAACUUAAACACAAUUAUCACUUAAACAUGAUUCUUAGUGCGAUUAUGAAAUUGCAAAGGCUGCGAUUUUUUUUUUUUUAUGCGCAGCUUGUCAAUGAAGUACGUUAUGGCUCCAAAUGCUAAUCCAUCUGAAAGCACUGCGAGUUUGAAUCUCUUAUAAUGUACAUUUGAAAAAGCAACACGCAUCAAACAUCUUUCCAGACAUGAGAAACAUUUAUUAACAUCUUAAUUAUUAACAUUUAAUAACCUGUUUUUACUCCAAAAUCACUUCAUAAUGACAGUUGAGCGUCCUUCUGUGUGGCUUCUUACACAGAAUAAGGCAGUCAUGUGUUUAUUAGUCAUAUUUAAUCAAUCAAAGCAUUUAAAUCUUCUGUUUAUUCAGCUACAGCUAUAUGAUGUUUGUUAUCUUCUUCUGCAGCAGGGCAAAUUUUGAGUUUCUGCGCAAGAGCGCCCUCUGGCUUUCAGAUGGAGAAGCAUUUACUACUGAUCACAGAGCCGUACAGCUCUGACAAGCUGCCCAUUAAAUAAUCACAGCCUUUGCCAAAUCGCAUGCGUUUUAAACACGAUAAAUCGUGCAGCCCUACUGGUAGGUUUCCGUGGGAAAUUCGAGCAUGCCGCCAUUCGUCUUUGCGUCAUUACUUCACGUCUGUAAACAGAAAGAAGGAGUCCCAGCUAGUAGGCUGUAUGGCAUGUGGAGGAUGCUACAGGUGACGGAUCAUUUAUAGCCUUUUCUCACAUCAGCUGCAAUAAUUAAACUUAUCAUUUUGAUGGCGGAUUGUAAUCCAGAAAGGUCCAAAUGACAAUCAUCAGUGACAACUGGAGAUUCACCCAUAGUCAAAAGCAAAAGACUUCGGACUGCGGAGGGGCUACAGAAAUUGAAAUCUACAGCUAUAGUCACGCAAUGCUGAUGUUGUUAACAUUAACAGUUUGAGAACAAAGUAUAACAGUAAUAAUAAUUUGCAUGGUUUGACGUGAUCCGAGCUAAGCGAUUGUUAGAUUUAAUCACCAUUGGCACCAUUGGUUAUUGUAGGCUAAUGCUUUUUAACUCAGUUGGUCAGAACAAAAGUGGCAGACAUGUUACUUACUUGUUCAGAUGACAUUUUCUGGUGAAAAUUCUUAUUUUGGUCAUACUUCCAAGACUACAAUCUGUGAUUCUGAAGUACAGUAUCCACACCAGUGCGGUGACUGACAGCAAACAUCAGAUUCAUCUGCACUGAGCAGCCAUGCCGACACACAGCCCACGUAAAGAUGAUAAUUCUGCAAAUAACUGCAAUUGCAGGUUUCAAACAGAGAUGGCGGCAAAGAGGCAAAACUUACGGACUGCAGCUUUAAACAUAUUUCAUUGCAUUUGAUAUAUUCAGUGUAUGGACACCAGUUUAAACCCCCCUUUCAUAAAAUAUUAAGAUUAGUGUUCAAAGAAUAUACAUGAAUAAAGUUUUUCUGUUUUUAAGCAUAAAUUCAACAAAAGAGGUUUAGGCUUAAACAAAAAAAUGCUAAUGGGGUAAGAAAAAAAGCUUAAUUUAAGGUAAAUUCUCUUAAAAAAUCUUAAUAGCUUAAGCAAUUUUACUGCUGAAGUAGCAAAAUCCUCUUGUUGUAAGGAUGUUCAGAUAUUUAUACUGGAAAACUAGACAAAAAUACUAGAUUUUUUUGCAGUGUAGGGUUGUGUAAAUGUGUGACAGCGUCCUGAAUGAGUCUGCCCUGUUAAAACCGCUGAAGCAGCAUCUUGGUUUCUCUCUGAGGAUAAACUCUCAGUUGAAUUUCAGACUAUGCCUUUUGCGGCUCUUCAGCCUCCAACACAGUUACUGUUUAUGGUUUUUGGGCAUCGUAAUGGCUAGAUGCCCUGUGUGAAGUUUGUUUGAAUAAAGUUGGAAAGUGAGGGUGUAUGUUAGAGAAGCAGUCCACUGGAAAACCUUUAAAGUGGACAAUCUGCAGCCAGCCUGUGGAGGGGCUGGUGAGAGAGCAAUGAGCUGUGACCCGAUCACCUCAUGAUGAACCUGUUCAUGCUGGGAUACCAUAAAGUGAACCCACGCUAGAGCUGCAAGAGGACCUGAUCUGGGUUCUUGGGGUCAGAGCGCUGGUGCCAUCUAAGACUGGGUGAACUGAAGGAUCUGAAUGUGACCCAGUUACAGUGUAGUGCGGUGGAACGCAGAACAAGAUUUGCAGAAGAGGCGAAACAUAAGCGUGCCAUUAUCUCAGCACAUUAAAUCUCACACACUGAUUUUGGUGCAAUAACUUUAAAAGGCACAGAGCGGCACAACAGUAAACAUUUAUCAAUAUGAAAUAAAGCUUAACUAGAAUUAUUGAUUUCACUUUAAACUUCUCCCCCCCUUCUGUCAGCUUUCAAGCUUUUGAUUUAUGUUCACGGAGCAGUCAUUUUUGUAAAACAAUUUCCUUUCUAUCCUUCCCCAGUAGGGUUUUCCCAAAACCCCAGCCACUGAAGAUUAUUAGACAACAUUCAUGUUCUUGCCCAGAGGUUUUUAAACUUUGGAUGUCAGGGACCCCCAAAUAUGAAGGUCCCUUUCUUAAAAUAUAAAGGCAGCUAUGAAUUUUUACCAGUUUAUACUGUGUGAAGAAAAAUAUUGAGAUACGUGUGAUGCUACAAAGACAAGAAAAUUUAAAUGUUUCCAAAAUUAAAUAAUUGCCAUUUAUCUUUUAUUUUAACUUUUAUAAAAGCUAUUUCCUGUGACUGCAUGAGACUUAAGAUUCAUUAUCUGCUAUAGAAGUAUUUGGGCUACAAACUUGUGUAUUUAUGAUUACAAUAAUAAAUUAAAAUAACAUGUUAACAAAUACCAGUUUGCAAAAUCAAGCAACAUAACGGACUGUUAUUGUACAGUUAAAAUAAGCAUCUGACACCGGAAGCCUUGGGAACUCAAGGCCACCUGUGCUCUUAUGUUAAAAAAAUCUGUAAUGUUAAAAAUUAGUGCUUUUUAAUAAAAUAAUAUAAUUGCAGUUUAUCUUUUGAUUUCUUUAAAAAGCAGAAUGAAAUUGAUUGUAUAAAAUUUGUACCCCAUUGCAUUCAAGUCUUAAAGGGUUAGUUCACCCAAAAAUGAAAAUUCUGUCAUUAAUUACUCACCCUCAUGUCGUUCCACACCCGUAAGACCUUCGUUCAUCCUCGGAACACAAAUUAAGAUAUUUUUGCUAAAAUCCGAUGGCUCAGUGAUGCCUGCAUUGAGAGCAAGAUCAUCUACUUUUUCAAUGCCCAUAAAGCUACUGAAGACAUAUUUAAAACGGUUCAUGUGACUACAGUGGUUAAACCUUAAUAUUAUGCAGCGAUGAGAAUACUUUUUGUGCGCCAAAAAAAACACAAAAUAGCGACUUUAUUCAAUAUCUAGUGAUGGGCGAUUUCAAAACACUGCUUCAUGAAGCUUCGAAGCUUUACGAAUCUUUUGUUUUGAAUCAGUGGUUCGGAGCGUGUAUCAAACUGCCAAAGUCACGUGAACUUUUGAAAUUUCGAAACAUUCAUGAUGUAACAAAGUCUUGUGUACUGAAAUCACAUGAUUUUGGCGCUUCGAAACACUGAUUCAAAACAAACGAUUCAUAAAGCUUCGAAGCUUCAUGAAGCAGUGUUUUGAAAUCACCCAUUACUAGAUAUUGAAUAAAGACGUUAUUUUAGGGGUUUUUUUUAGCCCUUUAUAAUAUUAAGGUUGAACCACUGUAGUUACAUGAACUGUUUUAAAUACAUCUUUAGUACCUUUCUGGGCAUUGAAAAAGGAAACGAUCUUGCUGUCUAUGGAGGCCUCACUGAGCCAUCGGAUUUUAUCAAAAAUAUCUUAAUUUGUGUUCUGAAGAUGAAUGAAGGUCUUACGGGUGUGGAACGGCAUGAGGGUGAGUAAUUAAUGACUGAAUUUUCAUUUUUGGGUGAACUAACCCUUCAAAUGCACAUGCUAACUUUGACAGCCCUAAAAAUAUAUUUUUGUAAUUUUUUCUGUACAAUUUUCAUGGACCCCUGUUAUCUACCAGCAGGAGGUAACUAGACCAUCCAAGCCAUCACAACCUUGACCCCUAUAGGCUCAUCUGUGGGCCACUCUCCGUUACAGUGAAGUCACAAAAAAAAUAUGGCACCAAUUGCUAAUUUACUAUUAAAAGUUAUUUGUGAGCUCUUGCUCUGUAGUCAAAAAUCAUUCCCCUAGACCACAAAAUCUGAAACCAGGGCUAAAAUCAAGGCUGAAGAAGUUUUUCCCUGCAGAUAAACUCAUGCACUUAUUUGCUAAUUCUGCUGAUAAAUCUAUGACAAAGAACAAGAUCAGGAGAGAAAAUAGAAGGAGCGAUGAGAUGAGGCUGGCUGUCAUAGGACGUUCUGACAUGUCUUGUCACUUUUCAUCAUGUCUUAUUUGAGUGUUUGUGCGCGUAGGCAUGUCUGCGCCAAUGACAUUGUGAACUAAGUAAGAAAGGUGUUUGUACAUCUACCAAACAAUGAGUGUGUGGGCAUAUAGGAGCGUGCGUUUGUAUGACGUGCAUGAAGGUGUGUAUACUGUAUGUUGUAGGUGUCCGUGUGAACAUUCUGCGUGUUUGGUCACUGACAGUCAGCAUGUGGACGUCCGUCCGUCUGCCAAAAUUGAGUCAUGUGUGUCUCGGUGCAAGCGUGUGUGUGUGUGCGUGCAGGGACAUUGCUAUCCUUGUAUGUCAAGCGUUGCUGUGGGCUGUGAUGACCUCACUGUUAGUAACCUGCAGGAAUGAGAGGCGCACAGCUGACAUCACCUCGCUCUCUCCUUUUCUCACCCUCUUCCUCCUUCCCUACAUCUAUAUCUCUCGACAUGCGGAUAACACAUCAGACCUUUUUGUUCUGAGUCACCGACUUACAGAGAAAGAAAAUGAAAGAGAGAAAAAAGGGACAUUCUUUCUCUUCGUACCUCAUGCUCUUCAUUCAGCCCUUUAAAGGGAUAAUUUACCCAGAAAUCUAAGUUCUGUCAUCAUUUACUCAACCUCAUGUUGUUCCAAACCUGUAUUACUUUUCUUUUGUGGAACCCAAAAGGUGAAUUUUUGCAAAAUAUAGAAUGUAAUGAAACUGAGGCUGUAAAGGGGGGCUGUAAAGCUUCAAAAAAGAAGCAAAAGCACCAUAAAAGCGGUCCAUUUGACUCAUGCACUGUAAUCCAAGUCUUCUGAAGCCAUAUGAUACAGUAGUCGUGUGUGACGAGCAGUUUGAAAUUUAAGUUGCUAUUCACUGAUAAUGUUCCUCCAGUGAGCUGUUAACCGCUAUGACCGGAUCAUUGAGUCAGUGAGCUGAACUAAAGCUCCGAAUCAGUCUGAACCAUUGAGAAAGAAAAUAACUGAAUCAGUCUGAAUCAUUCAGAGUGGUUUUGUGAACUGGAGCAAAUAAUUCAUUGAAAUGAUCUUGCACAUGAAUGAUUCAUUUAUGAAUCGGACAUUGCUACUUUACACACCAUUUUAAAUUGAAUUUUUUUUUUUUUUUUUAAUUUCAGUGCAUUUCUCACACAAAGCUUCAGAAGAUAGCUUAGGCCACUGUUAUUAUACUUUUAUGGUGCUUUUUCACAUUUUGGAGCUUGAAUCCUCAUUCACUUCAUUAUAUUGAAAAUAUUCUUCAAAAAUUCAUCUUUUGGGAAUCAAUUCAUAUUAGUUUGGAAUGACAGUGUGAGUAAAUUAUGACAUAAUUUUCAUUUUUGGGUGAGCAAUCCCUUAAUUCCUUUGCCAUUUUACCUUAUUUUCCCAGUUUCAUCGCUUUUGUUUUUUUCUUUCUCUCUCACUCUUUCUCUCAUCAGCCUCUCGUUUAUCCUUUCUUCUUGAAGGACCAGAAAUUCAUGACUGUCUGGUGUCUAACUCACAAACACACACGCUGCAACCACAAUCCUCUCUUGAGAGGAAGAAAAAACAGAAACACAACAGAGAAGCAAACUGAUGCCUCAGAUAUUUCCUUCCCUCUGUUCAAUUAAACAUUCCCCCCAUCUGCCACUUUGGGUUGUUUGAGUCCCUCUGAAAUAUUGAAAGUAGUUGUUAAUGUGAUUGUUUCUCCUGACUCAGUUUGAACCUGUUAAAUAAAUCGCUCUGGAAUGUGUGUAUUAUUAACAUCUGAAAUGUGUUGUGUGUGUGUGUGUGUGUGUGUGUGCGCGUGUGUGUGUGUGGAGGAGGGCAGAUUCGUUCUGCUGUAAUGGUUCUGUGCCAAAUCUUUUUCAGACCAUUCAAUCUCUGUUCAUGUGCCAUACUGAUAAAUUUAUGGAAUAAAAGAUGUUCUUUUUUCACAAAAUGAGUAUUGAACUGUGGGUGGUUAUUUUGGAUGUUUUUCAUGUCAAAAGCAGGAUCAAACAAACGACGAAUGCAAAACGA